AUGGCCCAUCAACUCGGCAGUUCUACAAAGAAGCGGCGCCGAGCCCUUCCGACAGCUGUGGUGUUCUGCGUCGGCGUGGCUUUCGCGGUGUUCCGCGCAGGCGAGGCAUUUGCCGGGACUUUUUCGAAGUGGGCCGGCCUGCAGGGCUUGCUUCGGAACUCCUUUCCGAACUAUGGCAACUACGGGGGCAUGCGGGGUCAUGCCACCUUCAGGCUGGCGCAGGAGUCGGAAGUGAAAGAGAUCAGAUGGCUUGAUCCUCUUGAUGAAAAAGCCGAAGAGGUUACGCCGGCAGAAGAUGCCACAGUUCUGCCUGUCUUUCCCCUUGGCGGACCUUUCAUGCCCUACACAAAGCAGUCCCUUCAGAUCUUUGAGCCUCGAUACCGGCAGCUCUAUGACAACAUCUUACUGUCCGGAUCGCGACGUUUCGUAGUCACCCCCGUCGACCCGAGGUCGGAGGAUUCCCUUCGCCUCGCCGAAGUGGGCGUGGUGUUCUACUUGGAUGACCUCAAGGAUCUGUCAGAGCAAACACAGGACAGGGUGAAGUACGUGUGUGAGCACAGCGUCAUCGGCCGGGUGAAGCUGAAGCGCGUCCUGAACCCGGCUGACUGGUUCUCUCGCUCCACGUACCUCCGAGCUGAGACCGACCCAGUUGAAGACACGGACACCGAUGUGGACUCCUCACUGCUGGAACAGGAGGUGAUGCAGCUGAUGAGAGACUUGGUCCCUUUGUAUGGGGAGCUCGGUCAGCCGACCUACGACGUGAGCCUCCUUGAGCGCAGGAACUCCAGCAGAGCAGAGGAGGGCGGGCUGUGGAGCCUGGGGGAGGUUUGGGUGCAACUCCUUGGGGCGCAGCUACAGACGAAAAGGAAGCUUUUUGAGGGUAGGCUGCAGGACAUUCUUCGCUCCUAUGCGAAGUCGGGUCAGACUGAACUUCGCAUAACAGAUUUGCCUCCUGAGGCCUUAGCAGACAUCAAAAGGCUGGAGCAGGAAUUCCAAGCCAUGGGGAACAAGAUGGUGAUGCAGCAACUCGAAUUCGGCCAGUUGCUGAUACAGACAGAUUCCCACAGAGGACGCCUUGAGCAAUUCAAGAGUGCCCUCGAUGAGGAGUACCGGAAGCUCAUAGCACAAAAGUCGUUGAAGUCCCUUGGGGCAUCUCACCCAUCCAAGAGGCGGGGAGCUCACGACGGAACUGAGAAGAAAAGGUCGCUCACCUGCUUCUCUCGACUACUCGCCGUGGCCGUGAUGAGGCAAGAGAUUGAAAAGCAGCAGGUGGAGUCGAGCCCGAGUCGACGCCAUGGAGCCACCAGUUCCCAUUUCAGAAAGGGAAGUCCCCGACGCCAGGGCGCUGCCACCAGCGCGAACUGGCGCUCUGGGAGCCCACGAGGCCAUGCAAGGAGCCCCUCCAAGCGGGCCGGCUACGGAGGCCAGUUUGGCGCCGGUGGCGGCUAUGCCACGGGCUACAGCCCCGCCCCCUCGAAGACUUUGCAAGGCGUGGGCUACGAUGAACCUGUCGACCUGACCGGUGACGGUGACGGAGGAUCGCCGGAUUGGGGCAAACGGGCCAGCCAGGAGCUUCUGUUUCCGAACCCUGCCACGUUCGCGAAGCCGGCAGCGCAAGCACGAAGUCUGUCCAGGACGUCGUACCCUAUGACUGGCGCAAGAUCUGUGUCGUCUCCCAGCUUGCUAGGCAGCUCACAUGCACAAGGCGAGAAGGAGUCCUCGAAGUCGGUGAAGGCGCCUCAGAGCCUGCUGUCCCUUGUUUCGGUCGAGGGAAACCGGAGGCCCUCCAUCCUCCGCCGCAGAUCGUCUUGGGGUGCACGGCCGAUGCUGGCUGAUGCCAUGUCGAAGAUGCAGAUGCACCCUGGUAUGUAG